UUAAUAAUUUUUAUAACAAUUAUCAAUGUAAUUCUAACUAUCAAAUAAAACUUAAAACAAUUCAAUAUAACUUAUUAACUACUCAUCUAACAUCAUAAUAAUUUUUUGACGAUGAGUGAUAAGAAGUAUAAGCAAAGUAAGGCAGAUAUUGCUAAACAGUUCGAUUUGCCCGAACGUCAAUCGAAGAUUACAACAUUGCUAAAUCAAGCUGGUCAAGCGUACUGUAUCUGCAGAUCGUCAGAUAGUUCUCGGUUUAUGAUAGCAUGCGACGCUUGUGAGGAAUGGUACCACGGUGACUGUAUUAAUAUAUCUGAGAGAGAGGCAAAGUAUAUAAAGAACUAUUUUUGUGAACGGUGCCGUGAAGAAGACCCUAGUUUGAAGACAAGAUUUCGACCACAAAAAAGAGAAAAUGAUGUUGACUCAGGUCGUGAUGAUAGAAAAAAGAAACGAAAGGAAAAGGAUCAUUCAGAAAAUAAAUCUUCAAAGAGAUCUACAAAAGAUGGUUGUGGAGAUUGUUCAGGUUGUUUACAAGAAUAUGAUUGUGGCCAUUGUGAUGCUUGUGAAGACAAACGUAAAUUUGGCGGCAAUAACAAGCUUAAAAUGAGAUGCAGACAAAAGGUUUGCACCAAGGACAAAAAGUCUUUGCGUCAGUCCAGCAGCAGUAACAGAGUAAAGAAGAAGCAUCACGAGCGGGAGACAUACGAGCUGGAGGAGUCGCUGGCGCACUUGCAGACGGCGGCGGCGCGUCAGUGUUACGGGCCGCAGUGCACUCGCGCCGCGCGCUUCUCCUCCAAGUACUGCUCCACUGAAUGUGGCAUGCGUCUCGCCACCGCCAGGAUAUACCAGGUGCUGCCGCAGCGUAUCCAGGAGUGGUCUCUCUCCAGCUGUGUGGCGGAGCAGCACAACCGCAAGGCGCUGGAGGUGGUGCGAGGUGGACUGGCGCGUGCGCAGGCGGCAUUGCGCGCGCUGGACCGCCAGCACGCCGACCUGGACGCGCUCGUCGCGCGCGCCAACAACGCCACCAUACUACACACAGAUGACAAGGAGGCAGAUGAUGAGACGUCUAUGUACUGUAUAACUUGUGGCCACGAGAUCCACUCUCGCACCGCCGUCAAGCACAUGGAGAAGUGCUUCGUGAAGUAUGAAGCGCAGGCAUCUUUCGGCAGCAGACAUCGCACUCGCAUCGAUGGACAGAGCAUGUUCUGUGAUUACUACAAUCCAGUCAACGGCACCUACUGCAAACGAUUAAGGGUGAUGUGUCCUGAACACUUCAAAGAUCCGAAAGUGAGCGAUACAGAUGUGUGUGGAUGUCCGCUGGUUCGCGAGGUGUUUGAGGCUACAGGCGAGUUCUGCCGCGCUCCCAAGAAGUCCUGCCUCAAGCACUACCAGUGGGAGAAGUUGCGGCGCGCUGAGAUCGACAUGGAGCGCGUCCGACAGUGGCUGAGGCUGGACGAGCUCGUUGAGCAGGAGAGGAGCAUACGACUGGCUAUGGCAUCGAGAGCUGGUGUGUUAGGUUUAAUGUUACAUUCGACUUACAACCACGAGGUAAUGGAACGUAUCACAAAAGUUAAUGAAAACGGCAAGAUGAAGGAGUCCUCCUGACAUAGGAGGUCACAUCACACCUCCCAUAAGAUUAAUAACCUCGCGCCUAAUAUGUAGUAAUAAUUAUAACUUUGUAAUUAACUUUAUAUAAAAA